CAUCUAUAGCUACGAACCAGAGUCUCUACCUUCGUUAUCGAAGAUCAAAUCGAAUGAUCUUGUAUGGUACUUCUUCUCUCCGUGUGAAUCCACAGAGAAGACGGUAAAAAAGAGGACUACGCCUUCUGGGUUUUGGAGACGUACUGGUGAUGUUAGGGAAAUCAAGGAUAAGGGAGGAAAUGGCUGCGUGAUCGGGAUUGUCAAGACGUUGGUGUACCUUAAAGGAAAUGGUUCCAAUGGUGUUUCGACUCCUUGGGUCAUGCACCAGUAUUACACCACUUGCUUGCCUCUUGAGCAGAGGACCUAUUUUAUCUGCAAAAUAAAGCAUAAGGGUCAAGCUAGAGACGUCCUGUAUGGAGAUGGCCAAGUGGGAAACUUCCCAUCUGGUAGUAAUAACUCAAGUGAUCAAAUGAACAAUAAUUGGGUGGGGUUUAGGUUUAGUCCUACGGAUGAGGAAUUGAUAAACUUUUAUCUCAAGAACAAAAUUCUGGGUAAUAGUUGGCUCGUUGACGAUUGGAUUAGCGAGAUCUACAUCUAUAGCUACGAACCAGAGUAUCUGCCUGCGUUAUCGAAUAUGGAAUCGAAUGAUCUCGUGUGGUACUUCUUCUCUCGGAAUGAAUACACAUCCACGAAGCCGAGGGUACGGAAGAGGACUACAGUUUCUGGGUUGUGGAAAGCUACUGGUCGUGAUCGGACAAUCAAGGAUAAGGGAGGAAAUUACAACGAGAUCGGGAUACUGAAGACGUUGGUGUACCAUAAAGGAAAGGGUUCCAAUGUAGUUAGGACUCCUUGGGUUAUGCACGAGUAUAACAUCACUUGCUUGCCUCUUGAGCAGACCUAUGUUAUCUGCAAAAUAAUGUAUAGGGGUGAAUAUUUCCCAUCUGGUGGUAAUGAAGUUGGAUCAUCUGCUGGUAAUGAAGUUGGAAGCAUCCCAUCUGCUGUUUUUGAAGUUGGAAACUUCUCAUCUCCUGGUAAUGAAAGUUAGAAUCAUCCCUUCUGGUAGUGAUAUGUCGAGUGAUCUGUGUCCCUCUUUUGUGUCUGGUUUGAGUUCUACCAGAGCAACUACUGUUACAGAGAUGGACAAACGUCAGCAAAAACUUCCAUGGUACAAACACCGGUGGCUGAUUCUAAUACUUAAAGAGCAGCUAAUUUUGCAAAGAUGUACCUACUUGUAUCUAAUGAUCUCAAACAUAUGUUGGAUUUUAAAUAUAUUGAUUAUGUGUUUUCCUUACCAGGUGAACUAAUUUUUUAUUAAUAAUAAAAGAAA